UAUCAUAUAACCAAGCUUUAUUAUCUUGAUCAAUACUCCACAACCUACCUCUGACAUCUUUUCAAUCACGGGCGUGGCCUAAAAGAAACACUUUCACAUCUUAAAUCCCUCUUCCUCCAUCUUCAAUAUUGAGCAAGAUUAAACCGGAAAUAACCGGAAAACCACCAUGUUCAUCAAACUUUUCUUCUUCAUUCUCCUCACACAAACUCUCAGAUCUUCUUCUCAGACCCUCACCUACAAUGGCUUCAACCCUCCAACAGACAUCUCACUCCAAGGCCUCGCCACAAUCACACCCAACGGUCUCCUCAAACUAACCAACACAACGGUACAAAAAACCGGUCACGCCUUCUACACCAAACCGAUCCGGUUCAAACCUUCAUCACCAAACUCCACCGUCUCUUCCUUCUCCACAACCUUCGUCUUCGCCAUAUACUCACAGAUCCCAACUCUAAGCGGCCAUGGAAUCGCCUUCGUAAUCUCCCCAUCCCCUUCUCUCCCUUCUUCACUCCCAAGUCAAUACAUCGGUCUCUUCAACAACUCGAACAACGGUAACGACACGAACCACGUCUUCGCUGUCGAGUUCGACACGAUCCAAAGCAACGAGUUCGGAGAUCCGAACGAUAACCACGUCGGAAUCGAUAUCAACGGGUUAAGAUCGGUUAAGACCUCACCCGCUGGUUACUGGGAUGAGAAAGAUACGUUUCGUAAUCUAAACUUGAUUAGUCGUAAACUAAUGCAAGUUUGGAUUAAUUACGACAAUCUUAGUAAUAAAAUCGAUGUCACGAUGUCUCCUUACGGUUCCGACAAGCCUAAAAAACCACUCAUCACUUACGUAACAGAUCUUUCUUCUAUUCUACUACAAGACAUGUAUAUAGGCUUCGCUUCUGCAACCGGUUCGGUUAUCUCCGAGCACUACGUGGCAGGGUGGAGUUUCCGGUUAAACGGGGAAGAAGCUCCGUUACUGACGGAGCUUCCUCACCUUCCGAGAUUCGUGCCCAGACGAAUCUCGGAGUUUUAUAAAAUCGGUAUGCCGUUGAUCUCUCUGUUUCUGAUCUUCUCCGUGAUCUCCCUCUCCUUCUACGUCGUGAGGAGGAGGAAGAAGUUCGAGGAAGAGCUCGAGGAGUGGGAAAAAGAGUUCGGUAAGAACCGGUUCCGGUUCAAGGAGCUUUACCACGCGACGAAAGGGUUCAAGGAGAAGGAUCUUCUCGGGUCGGGCGGGUUCGGGAGAGUCUACAGAGGGAUAUUACCGACUACGAAGAUUGAAGUGGCUGUGAAGAGAGUCUCGCACGAUUCGAAACAAGGUAUGAAGGAGUUCGUGUCGGAGAUUGUGAGUAUCGGUCGGAUGAGUCAUCGUAACUUGGUGCCUUUGUUAGGGUAUUGUCGUAGGAGAGGAGAGCUUCUUCUUGUUUAUGAUUACAUGCCUAACGGGAGUUUAGAUAAGUGUUUGUAUAAUAAUCCCGAAACGACGUUGGAUUGGAAGCAGAGGUUUAAGAUCGUGAAAGGAGUUGCGUCUGGUUUGUUUUAUCUUCACGAGGAGUGGGAACAGGUUGUGAUUCACCGUGACGUGAAAGCUAGUAACGUUUUGUUAGACGCGGAUUUUAACGGUAGACUUGGUGAUUUCGGGUUAGCCCGGUUGUAUGAUCACGGGUCGGAUCCUCAGACGACUCAUGUUGUUGGUACGUUGGGGUACUUAGCACCUGAACAUUCUAGGACGGGACGUGCCACGACAGCGACUGAUGUAUAUGCGUUUGGUGCGUUUUUGUUAGAAGUUGUGUCGGGGAGGAGACCUAUUGAGUUGCAUAGUGAGAGUGAUGAUACGUUUUUGCUUGUGGAGUGGGUUUUUGGUUUGUGGGUUAGAGGGAAUAUAAUGGAAGCGAAAGAUCCGAAUCUUGGUGGGUGUGGUGAUGGGUAUGAUCUUGAAGAGGUUGAAAUGGUUUUGAAGCUUGGUUUGUUGUGUUCACAUUCGGAUCCUCGGGCUAGACCGAGUAUGAGGCUGGUGUUACAGUAUCUAAGAGGAGACGUGGCCUUGCCGGAGUUGACGCCGUUGGAUUUGUCGGCGGGGAAUGGGAUGAACGUGGGAGGGAGAGAUGGUUUUAGUGGUUUAGCCAUGUCGUAUUCUUCCUCGGUGUUUAAUGGGUUUACCGGUGUGUCUUCAAUUGCUGAUUCUCUACUCUCUGGUGGGAGGUGAUUGAUGUUGUUACAACAUUAGUAGCAACGUAUGAUUAUGCUAUUGUUUUGUGUAUUUAUAUUUUAAGGAUACAGUUUUGCCUUUGUAUAUACAGUUUUGCCUUUGUAAGGAGAUUUAAGACGUUCUUACAAGAACUUAUUAUAUUCUUUCCAUUCCGUAAUAUAUAAUGUUUUAAAAGAUGGUUGAUGUUUUGUAAGAUGUUAACAUUUCUAUGUUCGCUUUAAUUUUAUUGUUUUUUUUC